GUUUCAGCAUGACUUGAACCAACCCAUUUCAAAAUAUCACAACCAACCAACCAUGCUAUUUUCACUCCACUCUCUUCUGCAUGCUACUCCGUACGAUAACUCCAAAACGACAAUGUACACGUCGUUUUCAUCUUUUCCAUUUUCACCUUCUCUCUUUUCAACCUAGCUUUCUAAACUCUCUAUCAUAUCAUAUCAUAAUCGUGAAAUUUAUAGUUUUUGUUGAAAUGCCACCUUCAUCAAACCGUUGUUGUGAGGAAGAAGGUGUUUGUGAUUUUAAGUGGGGGAAUAGGAAGGGAAUUGAUGCUGGAAGCAAAGAUACAGUGUUGUAUGAAUCGUUUGUUUACGACGGUGUUGAGUAUUUUCUGUAUGAUUGUGUUUAUUUUUACCACACUGAUCAUGUUGAGACUUCUAUUGGUAAGCUGGUGAAGAUGUUUGAGAGAGAUGGGAGAAAGAUGAUUGAUGUUGUUUGGUUUUUCCGGCCUAUGGAAAUUCGGAAUUUCCAUGGGAGUUAUAAGCCUUUUUGGAAUGAGUUGUUUUUGGCGUCCGGGAAGGGAAUAGGUGUUUCCAAUUGCAAUUUAUUGGAAUCAAUUAUUGGAAAAUGCAGUGUUGUUUGCACUUCAGAGGACAAGAGAAAUCCUAAACUGUCUGAAAUAGAGCGAAAGAAAGCAGAUUUCUAUUUCAAAUGUACUUUCAAUGUUGAUAGGUGUGCUAUCGAGGAUAAAUUUCCUGAUACAAUUAAUGGAAUUGAAGUGGAGCAGUUCUUUAAUAAGAAAGGGGAUAAAAAGACCAGUGAUAAUCUGCAUCUCGAGACAAGUAACAUUCCUAGAGUGAUAAAGAAGAUAAAGAUAAAGAAGAGAAUUUCUGUGAGUGUUAAAGAAAAUAAUGAAGUUAUAGAUGAGGCUAGAACCAAGAGUGCUCCUUCUGAUAUCUUGCAUCGGAAAGUUGAAGAUAAAGAUGAAUUGACAACUUCUAAGAAUGUGUCGCACAAGAUACUGAUAUCUGAGAAUUUCAGCGAUGAAAAUGACGAUAAUAUUAAGACUGCUCCUUCUGGUAUCUUGCAUCGGAAAGUUGAGGAUAAAGAUGAAUUGAGAACUUCUAAGAAUGUCUCGCCAAAGACACUGAUAAGGACAUCUGAGAAUUUUAGAGAAGAAAACGAUGUCAAUAUUAAGACUGCUCCUUGUGAUAUCUUGCAUAGGAAAGUUGAAGAUAAAGAUGAAUUGAGAACAUCUGAGAAUGUCCCUCCAAAGACAAUGAUGAGGACUUCUGAUAAUUUUAGAGAUAAAAAUGAAGCAAAUAUUAAGACUGCUCCUUCUGAUAUGUUGUGCAGGAAAAUUGAAGUUAAAAAUGAACUGAGAACUUCCGAGAAUCUUAGAAAUAGCAAUGAAGCCAAUUUUAAGACUGCUCCUUCUGAUAUGCUGUGUAGGAAAGUUGAAGAUAAAGAUGAAUUGAGAACCUCUGAGAAUGUCUCAUCAAAGAUAAAGAUAACUUCCGAGAACUUUAGAGAUAAAGAUGGAGCUAAGAUCAAGAUUGUUCCUUCUGAUAGCUUGCAUAGGAAAGUUGAAGAAAAAGAUCAAUUGAGAACAUCUGAGAAUGUCCCACCAAAGAUAAAGAUAGGAGGUUCUAAAAUUUUUAAAGAUAAAGAUGAGGUUAGGACUAAGAUGGCUCCUUUUGAUAUGUUGCGUAUGAAAGUUAAAGCUAAAGAUGAAAUGAGAAUUUCGGAGAAUGUCUCGUCAAAGAUACUAUUGGAUUCUCAUCCAUCUAAAAAGAGGAAGUUCACAGAAGAGAAGUCAGUCUUUGGUCAAGUUAACAAAUCCCAAAAGAAAGAGGUAUUUGACAGGAAGGAAGAAUUUAGACAGGAUGGAAAUGUCAACCCAAACAGGAAAGUUACUGAGGUGACCGAAAGGCCAAAUGCAGAGAAAAGAAAGUGGUUCAAGAAAAUGCCUUGGGAAGGUAGACUACAGAAAGCUCAAGAGUUGGAUACCCUUGUUUUACUGAAUAAUCUGGAUCCAUCCUACACGUCCUUUGAAGUUGAGGAUCUUGUUUGGCAUGCACUCAAAGAAAAGGUUGAGGCAAGGAUGAUAGAGUCGACCCCGACUUCCAAUACAUACUAUGGUAGAGCUUUGGUUAUUUUCAGAACAAAAGAUGCAGCUUCAAAUGCAAUAUUCGAAUUGACCAGGAAAUGCCUUGUUCUUGAAGAUGGGAGGGUUGUGACUGCCAGGAAGGGAACUGUAAGAGAUCCAGUCAAGCAAAGCACAUUCACUGGCCAUCUGACUCUUAGUAGAGCCGCGCUUCACAAGCAAAGCCGAGAGAUGAGAAAUGCUGUAUCAACAUCACAUUGUUCACAGCCCAAUACAAUUGAAUACGCAAUGGCUAUCGAAUGGGCACAUCAAUAUGACAAGUCCGAGGCAUGUUGGAAGGCCUUAAUUGAGAAACAAAUGAAGGAGAUAGAGGCGGUAAAUAGUAAAUUUAAAACAGACAGGAUUUUUUUUGAAGACUCAUAGUUAAACUAUAUUUGAUGAGAAAGAUGUAUCAAUUUACAAAAUCUUGUCAUCUUCAAUUACACAGAAAAUAUUAUAUUUGUGUUUCUGUAGAUAAAAGGAAGCCACGGAAACCACACAUGUUGGUACAUUUGAGACUUAGAAAAAUGUUAGGACAUAGUAUUUUGAACAACUUGAUUGUAAAUGUAUGCAGUAUUUCAAUACUAACAUUUAUUGAAAUUGUCCUCAAAC